AUGCCUCCGAGGAAUUUUUCAUUGACGAGUGUUGUAACAUGUGAUGGUGGGCGGAACAGCGACGGAAGGUUAUUCACCCCCUCACCUACCGAUUCCCUCGGUCCGAUUGCAUGUCCAUCAAGUCUCAUCCCCACCAAGCGAGAUCCCCUCCAAAAACCGCCGAUAAACCGAACGCACUCCCGCUCCCGACUCCACCACUGCCAGGGAAAUGGCGAGAGGAGGGGUGCGCGGCCCUCUCCAAUUCGCGCGCCACUCUCGCAGCCGCAGUAA